GCAGCACGGUGCAAGAUGGCGGCGCGCGCGCAGCGGGGCGGGCUGGCGGCAGCUGUGGUGGCCGGGGUGCUGCUGGCCCUCGGGCGGUCGGCGGCGGCGGAAGGCUCGGCGGGGCCGCACCGCCGCUUCGAGUACAAGUACAGCUUCAAAGGGCCGCACCUGGUGCAGGCGGACGGCACGGUGCCGUUCUGGGCGCACACGGGCAAUGCCAUACCGAGCGCGGAUCAGAUUCGUAUAACAACGUCUUUGAAGAGCCAGAAGGGAUCGGUGUGGACCAAAAACAAGUCAAUAUUUGAAUAUUGGGAAGUCGAAGUGACCUUUCGAGUUACAGGCAGAGGCCGCAUUGGAGCGGAUGGGCUGGCAAUCUGGUUUACAGAGGAGCAAGGCAUGGAAGGUCCCGUGUUUGGGGCGGCUGACAAGUGGAAUGGUGUUGGAAUUUUCUUUGAUUCCUUUGACAAUGAUGGAAAGAAAAACAAUCCUGGCGUGGUUGUUGUGGGCAAUGAUGGAAAGCUUCUGUAUGACCAUCAGAAUGAUGGUUCCACACAAGCAUUGGCCUCCUGUCAGAGGGACUUUCGUAAUAAGCCCUAUCCUGUUCGAGCAAAAAUCACAUACUACCAAAAAACACUGACUGUAUUAAUUAACAAUGGAUUUACUCCUGAUAAGGAAGAUUAUGAAUUUUGUGCUAAAGUGGAAGACAUGGUGUUGCCAUCACAAGGAUAUUUUGGAAUAUCUGCAGCAACGGGGGGACUUGCAGAUGACCAUGAUGUCCUAUCUUUCCUGACCUUCCAGUUGACUGAGCCUGGGAAGGAAGUACCCACAUCAGAUGCAGAAAUUCCUGAAAAAGAUAAAGAGAAGUAUCAAGAAGAAUUUGAACACUUUCAACAAGAAUUGGAUAAAAAGAAAGAAGAGUUUCAAAAGGAGCAUCCUGAUGUGCAAGGACAACCAGCUGAUGAUCCUUUUGAAACUGUAAGCGAUCGUGAGCUCAGGCAAAUCUUUGAAGGGCAGAAUCGAAUUCAUCUUGAAAUCAAACAGCUUAAUAGGCAAUUGGACAUGAUUCUUGAUGAGCAGAGGAGAUAUGUUUCUGCAGUCACAGAGGAGAUUGCUAAAAGAGGAGCAGCUGUUUCAGGUCAGCAAGGACAGGUUUCCCAGCAGGAGAUUGAUACAGUUGUGAAAACUCAAGAAGAGGUCAUUAAACAAGUAAAUGAAAUGAAAAAUGCCAUGGCUGACACUCUGAGGUUGAUCAGUGGAGCUCAGCAUCCUGGCUCUGCGGCAGGAGUCUACGAAACAGCACAGCAUUUCAGUGACAUCAAAGAGCACCUUCAUAUAGUGAAAAGGGACAUUGAGCAUCUAGUGCAACGAAAUAUGCCAUCUAAUGAGAAACCAAAAUGUCCAGACUUGCCACCAUUUCCAUCGUGCUUAUCUACAAUGCACUUCUUCAUAUUUGUAGCAGUGCAAACAGUGUUAUUCGUUGCUUAUAUCAUGUAUAGGAGUCAACAGGAAGCAGCAGCCAAAAAGUUCUUUUGAUGACCUCUUCCUUUUGUGUGUACAUAACAGCAGUAUGUAUGCACAGAAAAUCAUGCAAUUCUGUACAUGAGGGAAAAUGUAGUGUUUGAUAUACUUCAGUACUGUGAAUUACAUAAUUUUGUCAAACAAAAUGUGUUCUUAUUUAGGCUGUUAAUUUUAGGGUUAAAACAGACCUGGGAGCAGCGGAGUGAAUGCUAGGUAGGGGAAUAAUGCAAGUCCUAUCUAGGUCUCUGUUUUCAGUGAGAUUUCUGAUCAAUGCUGGAAGGCAAACACUGAAUUCCUCCUGUUUUGUCAGAAUUUCAGGGGAGGGAUUUGAAGCACCCCUGUUAGGUGGCUGUUGAUAAUGAGAAUUUGCAAAGUGAUGACCUGUGCAGAAAACUUGCCACUGAGAAUCCAUAUUAGAUUAGGAAAAAAAACAACAACGAACAAUAAAACCACUGCUCUCUAAAACCCUCCAAAACCAAAACAAGAUAAAAUGAAAAAUAAAACAAGAAAAACAAACAAACAAAAUCCACUAAAAUUACACUUUUUUUUUUCUGGUGAAAAUUUAUUAUAGACAUUUCAUUUCUUUAUUACUUGGAUCUAAUAGCUUAAGAAUGAUUUUUGGAAAUUUAGCUCUUCAUGAAGUAUAGAUUUUAAGUUCUCUUUAGUGCAUGAACACAAAGAGAAGCCUUUUACAGGCUAGUAAUAUCUGGAAUAGAAUGCAGGCUGCAUGGAACAAGCUAACAGAUGUUUGUCUCCUUAUUCUGGGUUUUGUUCUUAGGCAGUGAGAGAAAACAUACUGUAGUUUCUUCUGGUGUAUUGAAAGAUUUUUUCUUUGUAGUUUCAAGUCUGUCUAAUUUUAGAAAUUUUUGGAACAUUUUUAGGAAAGGUGCCAUAGUUUGAUACCUCUUCCAAUCUGAAUUUGUUAACGGUGUGUUUAAUUGAUGCCUUUAUUGUUAUAAAGCUGUCUUGUGUCUUUCGUGUAUCAAAUACAGAUGCUUUGAUUUAAGUACUGACCUGGCAAGUAUUCUGAACUACACAUACUGACUGUGAAAGGAUUUCUUCACAAGCUGUUGAUACAGGCAUGUUUGUUAGCCCAGCAGCUAUUGCAGAAGCAGUAUUGUGUGUCAGUUCCCAGUUUAAUAUCAAGAGCAUAAGGCUGAUCACAUGCUGUUGAUAUUGUUCAUUAGAUGAACAUUUUGCUUCAGGAGUGAAACAAACGAGAAAGCUCAAAUUAGAAUCGUGGAAUGAAUUUGUUUUGACUUGUUUACUUACCUGUGGUAACUUUGUCUUUGAACUAUGUGUAGAAUGAUGAUAUUUCUAUGUUUUUCCUUCCAAUUCUAUGAAACACACAGAUGUGUCUGGAUAUUUCACUUUUAAACAAUGAGUCUGUCUGAAAAUCUGCAAAAUGUGUCUGUAAUCUAGCAUGAUACUCCUGCAGUUCCACAGUCUGUUCUCUUGGAGUGCAGUGCUUGCUGCCAAAUUCACUGUAAUGAAGAACACUCUAGCAUUGUGCCUGACAAUUUGAAGACGUGAUAAAUCUAUGCAAUAUGUUUUGUUACCGAAACAGUGCUCCAAAAGUGGGUGUUUGUGCUGUACCAAUAAAUUGAUACUACCUACACACCUAUUUAUGUACUUACAGUAUGUAGCAUGCUGUAAAUGAUAGAGCUUUAUACAUUCAUUUCCAAAUUUGAGACUUUGCUGUACUAAUUGGAGAAACUACUGCUUCAGGCUCAUCUUGCUGGAUAAGCAGGACAAGUCAAUGAAAGAACCUUUUCAGAGAACCCAGAACAGCACAGGAGUUUAUCCAUUCAGUUCUAACACCAGCAAAUAUUUACAGGUGCCUUGAGUCUAACCGAUUACAACUGAAUAUAUUUUCUUAUAUUGCUCUGAAAAUAGUGUUGUUCUUGUCCAUUGCUAGCUUUCCUGCACAGUGCAACACCUAAGUGAACUCCCUCUCUGAAUACAGGCUUUGCAAGGCAGGAAGGCUAACAAGUGCAUUCUGAAAGGUCAGGUGUAUCCAUCUGGCAUGGUGAGGAAUAGCUCCAAUGUGUCAGUUGGAGGAAGCCUGCAUUUCUUGUUACUGUGAAUUUCUCCAAUUACAACUUUGUUUCAAAACUGGACAAACAAUGCUGUUGUCUUUUCUUGUAAAAAAAAAAAAAAAAAAAAUUGGGGAUAGAGGCUAGCAACAUACUUGAAUCUACAAUUGUAUCCUCAGUAUGGGGCUCAGCUUGUGUGUCGAUGCUGCUAGUAGAUCUGACCUGUGUCUGUGUGCAUCUGGGGAUCAUCUGUGUUAGUGAGCAGAAGGUAUGAAGUGCACCAUCCUAAAAGUGAUAACUUUGCUUCAUUUCACAGUCUUCACUCCCUGGAACAUCAGUAAUUGCCUCGCCACUCACUGGAUCAAAGGAAAACUUCCAGUUAUCCAGCCCAAACCUUGUCCCGUCUGUUCUUGAGGUGAUAGCAGCAAAUUUGGACUUUGAGAAUAUUUGUCAGUCAGUGUGGCCUCUUCUUGUGGUGGGCUACUAGAAUUUUCUUUCAACAUUGAUAGGGCGUUUCAUUUUGUCAAGUGAAAUUUCAGGACUCACAGAUGAAGGCAACUUGGAAUCCAGUAUGUUUGACAAUAUGGAGGAGACCAAGAAAAUAACAGUAUUUGAAGUAGCAAAUAUUUGGCAGUGUCAAGGGGAUCUCAUUUUCUUAAAGCUUAUUAAAUAAAUGGUCAUACCAGAAUCUCUCUAGCAAAUUUCAGUCAUUUGUGAAUUACUUUGUUGAUUGUUUGGAGAAAAUGACAUCAAUACAUCAGUUACUGUAACACUGAAGACUUUCUACUGUUUAAAAAACAUAACACACAGCUGACAUUUCCUGUUGUUUGUUUCUGACUGAUGUAAACAGAGGGUUGGAGUUCAGAGAUAACCUUAUUUGAAUAAAGAUGCAUAUUUUUAAUAAA